AUAUUGGCAAUUAAAUAUCCGUUCGUGUCACUCAUAUGGGUCACGGAAACGCGCUCCUGGAUCAGCAAUGAGUUUGUUCUAAUCGUGGCACAACAAAUAAACGAUACGAGGAGGGGAAUUUAUCGUAAGUCGGCGAACUGAACUGACAGGCGAGACAACGCGGUCCUAUAAAAUUUCAAGAACACGGAAAGAGAUAUCGCAAGCUCGCCUCGGUAGCAUCGUUAAUUAAAUAUAUAUAAUACUGUCCGUCGUGUACGUGUGCAUAAUUGACAGUGGGAACAGCUGAUCGAACGAGACCCGAAGGAGAAACAUUUUUUUCGACGAUGGACGGAACGGCCGUAAAAGUAAUAGUAAAAGCGCCGAAUCAGCAGAUUAAAGAUCAAAUUGUGAAUUGUGAUAUUGGGUGGUCUGUCGGCCAAUUGAAAGAACAUUUAUCCGACGUUUAUCCUAGUAAACCAGAACGGGCAAGCCAAAAACUUAUAUAUUCGGGGCAAUUAUUAAAUGAUUCUGCAUACUUGAAAGAUGUACUAAGGCACUGCGAUGGACAAGAGAAUCAGACCUAUAUAGUUCACUUAGUCUGUGCCAUGCAAAAGACGCCUGCAAAUAAAACUGUGACUGGCCAACCUGUGGAAAAUACGAAUGUCACUGCAAGAAGUACGACGGAGCAAAGCAGAUUAAAUAGUGGAAAUAAUGUACAAAAUCAAAGUCAGAAUGUGAACAAUAUUGCAAUGCAGCAUGCUCCUGCGCAGCUGUACUCUACACAAUAUUAUGAUCCAAGGAAUAGUCAACAAAUGGCAUGGAUGCAGCAAGCGUACACUCAUUACUUUACGCAAUACAUGCAAUUGAUGGCAGCACAAGGAAUACAAUUACAGACCAGCAUUCCGUACGUUCAGCAAACGAAUAUUAAUACGAAUGACAGUGUUCAAAAUCCACAUGCAAAUAACUUAAACAAUAACAACAAUGUGGGUGAUGAACAACAACAACAACAACAACCUGCUGCUCAAGAAGCCGAUGCCAAUGGUGGGAAUAAUGGUGUCGGGGACGAUGGCGCAUUUAACAGGGAUUGGCUAGAUGUUUCGUACAUGUUGUCCAGAAUUAUCGUUCUAUUCACUAUAGUAUACUUUUAUUCGUCCCCUCUGAGAUUUCUUAUUGUCACGUUUCUUGGUUUCGCAAUGUAUUUAUAUCAGGGUGGUUUCUUCCGGGUACAACCGAUUCUUUUACCUGAAAAUAAUAACGCCAGAGUAGAUCGGAUGGAGAACAAUAAUCAAAUGCAAUUGCAAAAUGAAGCUCCGGCUCCUCAGCCCGUGGUACAGCAGCAAAACGGUCCGGUGCCGACCAUACAAGCAGAGGCGAGAACAAACGCGAACGAGGAACACGAAGAGGAGCGGCCUGGUGCACUCGCGUUCACUUGGACAUUCUUCAGUACAUUUUUCGCGUCUCUCAUCCCGGAUCAACCGAAUGUUAUUUAAUUCUAAGCGGCGGUUGACUCGCCGCACUCGAUACUUUUUUGUAAAUUUAAUUUUCUUGUUAAAAAUAUUUUUUAGAACGUGACACUAAACUCUCUGAGGUGGUCUCAUUUUGCAUAUAAAUUUAAUGAAUACUAGAAUCACAAGGAACGUUGAAUAUUGUGAACUAACGAGGUGAAACACAUAGUUUUGAAGGAGCUUCACAGAUUUUCCAAGUCUAAGAGUCCUGUAUACUAUAAUAUGUAUGUAUAGGUAUAUAUAUAUGUGCAGGCUGGUCCACCAGAUAUUAUCAUCUCGAUUUUCAUCAUUAUUAUUAUACGUAACAAAGAAUGUUUAUAUGUAAUGUUGAAUGGUUUCGAGAGAGGCAGAUUCUGGUGUUGUGAACUAUUUUGUAAAUGGACACAUAGAAGAGACAUGAAGAUUAUCAAAAAUUUUUUUAAAUGGGAUUGUAUAGUUAUUCCUGCACUGAUCGAUGAAGCUUAGUACCCACCCAUGACCAUUACAUAUAAACAUUCUUUAGUACGUAUGAUAAUAACGAAAAUCGAGAUGGUAAUAUCUGGCCAACUAGCCUGUAUAUUAAAUCUACGCUUAAAAUAAAUGGGAUUUUUAUAAAUAUUUCCAUCGGUAUUUGUAUAUGUAGUUGUAACAAUUUUCUGUGUUACUGUUAUUCAUUGAGACUACCUCAGCGCGUGCGAACAUAAUAAUAAUCAUUUGAUAGAGGAUGCCUCUAGCUUUAAUUAAUAAAAUCGCUGAGAAAGUGAUUAGGACUUGUUGUAUAAUAAAUAUUUCUGUUUUUGUUUUUGUAGUACGUAAAGGUACAACGAGAGAAGAAUAUAUACUGUGUAUAUAAAAGAA